ACUUGUGCCGCGCGGCGCAUGGGCCGGCGGGCGCCAGGGGCGCCAUCCCUGCAUCUUGAGCGCGGCCCUCGCGGCGAGCAGGGGGCGUGGGCCCUCUCCCGGCGCGCCCGCUCGCUCCGCCUCGCCCGGCGACUGCCCGAUCGCGCGUCCCGGCCCGUGGCGCUGGAUGCAGAGGAGCCCCGGCGGGCGGCGCGGCGGCUGCGGCCCCGGGCGACAUGUACCUGCUGGACGUCGGCGGCGAGCCCGCGUCUCCGCCCGCGGACACGAUGCCGCGCGGGACGCCCCCCAGGAAGACCGUUUACCGCAUCUCCGUGACCAUGGUCAGGAAGGAGCAGCUGGCCGCCCCGGGCUCCGAUGGUUCCGACCCGCGUCCUACUCGGAAGCUCCGGCCCGGGCGCUCCCCGGACGCGCCCGGGCGGCUGGUGGAGGAGGAGGAGGCAGAGGAGGCUGCGGCGGGCACUGAGGACCCAGAGGGCCGCCGGCCGCGCGCCUGGGACGUCCGCACCUACCGCACCCGCAGCACCGGGCAGCUGGAGCUUGGGCGGCUUCGGCCGUGCACACGCGGCACAGAGCCCACGGACCUGGCCGGCAGUCCCCCGGCCGUGGAGCAGGAACCCAGCUCGCCUACGCCCGGCAGCCCCGACGUGGAGGGGGUCCGGGCCGCGCCCCUGCGGCGGAGCCUCAGCUUCAGGCACUGGAGGAGCGGGCCCGAGGCCCCGCGGGAACGGGCCCCGGGCCGCGGGAGGCGCCACAGCAGCUCUGCGAGCCUGGCCUGGGCGCCGGGCGGCGAGACCGUGGCCGACCCCGGGGUCGUCCCCGAGCCCGCGUCCUCCGCGCAGCCCGCCUCGGAGAAACGCAACACUCUGGACGUGGGCGAGGUGCUCAGCAAAAACGAUGCGCUCUCGGACUUGGAGCGCUGGGAGCGCAGCAAGAGCAAGAACCGCACGCUGGACAACAGCGACCUGCAGCGGCUGGAGCGCGCGCGGGCCGCGGCCGCCGGCCCCAGCGCGGUCUCGGAGCACAGGCUGCUGCGCUUCUUCAGCGGCAUCUUCGCGCGCAGGGACGGCGCCUCCAGCGGCGGGCCCUCCCCGAGGAGCGGCGCCUUGCGGCCCCGUGGCUACUUCAGCCUGCGACGCGCCCCGGCCGACGCGCACUCAUCCAGCGCCGAGAGCAUCGAGGGGUCCCCGCGCAGAGAUGCCUUUGUGAACAGCCAGGAAUGGACGUUGAGUCGAUCUGUCCCGGAGCUCAAAGUGGGAAUCGUGGGCAAUUUGGCCAGCGGCAAGUCGGCCCUGGUGCACCGCUACCUGACCGGCACCUACGUCCAGGAAGAAUCUCCCGAAGAUAUGGAUGCAGGUGGCAGAUUCAAGAAAGAGAUUGUUGUUGACGGACAGAGCUAUCUGCUGCUGAUUAGAGAUGAAGGGGGCCCCCCCGAGGCCCAGUUUGCCAUGUGGGUGGACGCUGUCAUAUUUGUCUUCAGCUUGGAGGAUGAAAUCAGCUUCCAGACGGUUUACCACUAUUACAGUCGGAUGGCCAGCUACCGGAGCACGAGCGAGAUCCCGCUGGUGCUGGUGGGAACCCAGGAUGCCAUCAGUUCCACCAACCCGCGGGUCAUCGACGACUCCCGGGCGCGGAAGCUCUCCAGCGACCUGAAGCGGUGCACGUACUACGAGACGUGCGCCACGUACGGCCUGAACGUGGAGAGGGUCUUUCAGGACGUUGCCCAGAAGAUUGUCGCCACGAGGAAGAAGCAGCAACUGUCCAUAGGGCCCUGCAAGUCGCUCCCCAACUCCCCGAGCCACUCCUCCGUCUGCUCCGCGCAGGUGUCCGCCGUGCACAUCAGCCAGACAAGUAACGGAGGCGGGAGUUUGAGCGACUAUUCCUCCUCCGUCCCAUCGACGCCCAGCACCAGCCAGAAGGAGCUGCGGAUCGACGUCCCUCCCACUGCCAACACCCCGACGCCCGUCCGGAAGCAGUCCAAGCGCCGGUCCAACCUUUUCACCUCUCGGAAAGGGAGUGACCCAGACAAAGAGAAGAAAGGCCUGGAGAGUCGUGCAGACAGCAUCGGGAGCGGCCGAGCCAUCCCAAUUAAACAGGGCAUGUUGCUGAAGCGAAGCGGCAAAUCGUUGAACAAAGAGUGGAAGAAGAAGUACGUCACCCUGUGCGACAAUGGCGUGCUGACCUAUCACCCCAGUCUGCACGAUUACAUGCAGAACGUUCACGGGAAAGAGAUCGACCUUCUGAGAACCACUGUGAAGGUCCCCGGGAAGAGGCCCCCCCGCGCCACGUCGGCCUGCGCCCCCAUCUCCAGCCCCAAAACCAACGGCCUGUCCAAGGACAUGAGCAGUUUACACAUCUCACCCAAUUCAGGGAAUGUCACUAGUGCAUCUGGGUCUCAGAUGGCCAGCGGCAUCAGCCUGGGCUCCUUCAACAGCCGACCGGACGGCAUGCAGCAGCGGUCCUACUCUGUCUCCAGUGCCGACCAGUGGAGUGAGGCUACGGUCAUUGCAAACUCGGCCAUCAGCAGUGACACAGGGCUGGGCGACUCCGUGUGCUCCAGCCCUAGCAUGUCCAGCACCACCAGCCCCAAGCUCGACCCGCCCCCUUCCCCCCACGCCAACAGAAAGAAGCACCGAAGGAAGAAAAGCACCAGCAACUUCAAAGCCGACGGCCUGUCAGGCACUGCUGAAGAGCAAGAAGAAAACUUUGAGUUUAUCAUUGUGUCCCUCACUGGCCAGACAUGGCACUUUGAAGCCACCACGUAUGAAGAGAGAGACGCGUGGGUCCAAGCCAUCGAGAGCCAGAUCCUAGCCAGCUUGCAGUCAUGUGAGAGCAGCAAGAAUAAGUCCAGACUGACGAGCCAGAGUGAGGCCAUGGCCUUGCAGUCGAUACGAAACAUCCGAGGGAAUUCGCACUGUGUGGACUGCGAGACCCAGAACCCCAACUGGGCCAGCUUGAACCUGGGAGCCCUCAUGUGCAUCGAGUGCUCAGGGAUCCACCGGAACCUCGGCACCCACCUCUCGCGAGUUCGAUCUCUGGACCUGGACGACUGGCCCAUCGAGCUCAUCAAGGUGAUGUCGUCCAUUGGGAACGAGCUGGCCAACAGCGUCUGGGAGGAGAAUAGCCAGGGGCGGACGAAGCCCUCGCUGGACUCCACAAGGGAAGAGAAGGAGCGGUGGAUCCGGGCCAAGUACGAGCAGAAGCUCUUCCUGGCCCCGCUGCCCUGCACCGAGCUGUCCCUGGGCCAGCACCUGCUGCGGGCCACGGCCGACGAAGACCUGCGGACGGUCAUCCUGCUGCUGGCACACGGCUCCCGGGACGAGGUGAACGAGACCUGCGGGGAAGGCGAUGGCCGCACGGCGCUGCACCUGGCCUGCCGGAAGGGCAACGUGGUCCUGGCGCAGCUCCUGAUCUGGUACGGGGUGGACGUCAUGGCCCGCGAUGCACACGGGAACACGGCGCUGGCCUAUGCCCGGCAGGCCUCCAGCCAGGAGUGCAUCGAGGUCCUGCUGCAGUACGGCUGCCCCGACGAGCGCUUCGUGCUCAUGGCCACCCCCAACCUGUCCCGGAAGAGCAAUAACCGGAACAGCGGCAGCGGGCGGGUGCCCACCAUCAUCUGAGGGGCGUCGGUGCCCCCCGCCCGCCACCCCUCCCUCUUCCUGGUGGGGUCACCUGCCACCCACCCGCCCUCCCUCACCCGCAGUGAAAUCACAGAACCUGGACAGUCCUCACGGAGGCGAAGACGAGGCCCGGAGGCUGCAGGAUCGAUCGUUUCCGUGAACUCCCCCACGCGGCAAUAGGAGCGACCGGCUGGCCUCGGUUGGUUGAUGAUAGCACAUGGCGCGGGACCCCGGUCCCGUGGCCGAUAGACAGAGCUCGGCACAAGGGGCAGGGAUGGACAGAGGGGGAGGGGAGGCAGCGGCGAGGAGAGGGGAACUCUCCUUAACUGGCAGUUAAGCACAUCAGUACAUUUCACCUCUACCGAACGGAACACUUGCAUCUAUCUCAUCUCUUCUCCGAGGAGCUUGACGGCAUAAAUCAGGAGCAAGCCGAGUUUGUCAGGUCUGAAGCCCCUAUGAUGGUAUGUGUCAAAUCAGUUGUAGCUAAUCUGUCCCGGGAGAAUGCUGGCUUCAUUACACUUGUAUAGUUGAGUUCUUGCAGCAUUACCGCUGUUUAAUAGAACAUGAUUAGUCAUCACCGGGAAGAAAGCAUAUUAGCCGAGGAGGCAGUUACGCAGCACGCUCUGGUGAUUGCCGCGAUGUGAUUGCAAUACUCUUAGAAGCAUCAUAUUAUCCCAGACAUGUUCUUCCGAGCCCUUGGAGCCCUCCUUUCUAAAUUCACUGUCAUAAUUUAGUAUCUGUUUAAUUUUUCAGUCCAAAGAGAGGAAAUCAGUUGCUGAGUAGUAUUUGACUGCAGUCUCCUUGGUGCAAAAACAAAAUGGGAAAAAUAAAUAAGAGCAACUCAGAAAUUCCAGAGGAAAUCACGAAUUUCAGCUAACAGUGACAUUUCGGGUGCAUUUAGGAAACCGAAUAAAUGCAUAAAAAGCUAUCUCCCCCCCCCCC